AUGUCUGCAGGGGAAGAUGAGACAAAAAGACGUCUCAAACUUAUUUCUACAUUUGUCAGACUCAUGCCUACACUGUUUGAGGGUGGGACUGACUCGUUGUUAGCAGAUGAUUGGUUUGACCAGGUGGAAAAGCAUAUUGAUGCUCUGGCAGUUGAAAAUGAUUCUUUGAAGAUUUUAUGGGAGCUGCACAAGGAGUUUAUCUCUCUGUUUCAGAGCAGCUCUAUGACAGUGACAGAUUAUGAGAAUAAAUUCACUUCUCUUUCUCGUUUUGCUCCAGAGAUUUGGAAGCAAAGACGAGCCAGUGAUUCAGGGGUUGAGGGUCAGUCUAACAAGAGGCAGAAAGAGAGUUCAUCUAGGUCUGGAGGACAGCAGUCAGGCCGACCUACUCCUUCUACUUCCUCUUUUUCUACGGGAGCUUGCUUUGGAUAUGGGCAGCAGGGCCACAGGGUUAGAGACUGUCCGAGGAGGACUGGUAGCUCAGCCAGAGGUUUUGGUAGUGGUCAUGGUACACAACAGAGACCAUCUCAGUCUACUGCAGUACAGUCUGGGUUUAGACCACCAAAGCCAGCUGUAUCUUCACAGGGAUCUAGACCAGCUGGGAGGGGUACUUCUUCAGGGACUGCUCAGCAGUCCGGGGUUCAGGCUGGAGGUUCACAAGCUCAGAUAUCCCAGGGCCGAGUGUAUGCACUUCCUGAGUCAUCUUCGGGACCGUCAGUGGUGAGGGGUUGGCUGCUUGGACCGAGCAUGUGUAUUGACACGCCGGUCAGUGGUUCAUUAGUUGUGAGCAGAGUGGUGCGGGAUUACGUCAUUGUGAUUGCUGGGCGGACUUUGGUUUUUGAUCUUAUCCUUCUUAAGAUGAUAGGGUUUAACGUCAUUCUUGGAAUGGAUUGGUUAUCAUCAUUUCGUGCCACCAUUGAUUACUUCAGUGGUAGAGUUUCAGUGUGUACGCCGGAGGGAGAUUGUUUUGUGUUUGUAGGAGAUCGGGGUGAUUCCUUGGUUUCAGCUUGUUAUGGUGUUCGUGGUUGGGAUCGUUGUGAUUUCUUCUUAGCUAGCAUUUUAGCUGAAGAAGAUGGUGAUGUGGAGACAGUUUAUGCAUCAGUUGUUUGUGAGUUCUUGGAUGUGUUUCCGGAUUUACCUCCUAGAAGAGAGGUUGAGUUUGUGAUUGACUUAAUGCCUGGUACUGCACCGAUUUCUAUAGCUCCGUAUCAUAUGGCACCAGCAGAGUUGGAGGAAUUAAAAAAGUAA